AUGGCGCCGCGGAAUGGGGUGGCGGCGGCGGCUUACGAUUGUUUACACGCUGUCAAACCCGACGAGCGGCUCGUGUGCGCGCAGACGGGACACAUAAAAGGUUAUUUAUAUACGCGUUAUCGGGCUCUGGCGGUGGCAAAGGCGGUUUCAUUUAUCACGCUCGCGUCGGCGUUUUUAAAAACCGUUUCGGACGCGCGAGUCCGCGACGACGCGCGUCCAUCUGUCCAUCCGUCAACGAUGGACCCGCAGCCGUUUGCGGUGUUUUUCGCCAGUGUACGGGACCGGAAGACCGAAAGGAAAUCGGAAAUUGAUGGAAUCGGGCUCCUCGCGGCGCUCCGUGUCCGAGAAAAUAAUGACGUGGACGGCGGCCGAGGUGGUUAUUAUAUUAUUGUAUAG